AACCACAGAAAGAAAAAUCUGACAAUAUGACACAACACUCAAAAUCAGAGCUCUGAGACUGAGAGACAAAAAUCACUCAGAAUAAGAAAUCUAAAGCGAUGGAAGGUAUUGCCAACCUCUGUUUCUCCUCCUCCUCUGCUCCACUGCUUGCAUCUCCACUCCAAAGGAAUUCUCUCUUGUUCUCUUCCUCAAAGCAGAAGAGCUCUGCAUCUCUGCCCAACCCCAUCAGGGCCUUCAGAUUUGCCAAGAUUUCUUGCAAGCUUCAGGAGAGUGAGACUGAGCGGAACCGUUCUGUUUCAAUCAACGAGUCAAGGAGCAAAAUGGAAGAGUAUAAUAUAGCCAUGAAGAAGAUGAUGAGGAACCCUUAUGAAUACCAUCAUGAUCUCGGCAUGAACUAUACAUUGAUAACUGAAGAUUUAGUUGUUGGCUCCCAACCUCAGAAAGCCGAAGACAUCGAUCAUCUUAAGAUGGAACUGAAUGUGGGCUAUAUUCUCAACUUACAGCAGGACAAAGAUGUUGAAUACUGGGGUAUAGACCUGAAAUCUAUUAUAAUGAGAUGUGGAGAACUGGGAAUCUGUCACAUGAGAAGGCCUGCAAGAGAUUUCGAUCCAGAUUCCUUGAGAAGUGGAUUACCGAGAGCCGUUUCCUCAUUAGAAUGGGCAAUCUCGGAGGGGAAUGGAAGAGUUUAUGUUCACUGCACUGCCGGUCUUGGGAGGGCACCGGCUGUUGCAAUUGCCUACAUGUUCUGGUUCUGUGAUAUGAAUCUGAAUAAGGCAUAUAACGCGUUAAUUUCAAAGAGACCUUGUGGGCCUAACAAAAGAGCAAUCCGUGGAGCGACAUAUGAUUUGGCUAAGAAUGACCCUUGGAAGGAGCCUUUUGAAUGCUUACCAGAACACGCUUUUGAGGAUGUAGCAGACUGGGAAAGAAAACUUAUCCAGGAUCGUGUCCGCGCCCUUCGUUGAACAUAAGACCUGAGGUUUGUAUUGAAGAUAGUCAGCUUGAUCUAAGGAGGGAUGUCAUUCGAUUUCUUUACAGGAGCUGAAUUUGGACACAACCGCACCGGUUUACAGAUAGGAAAUAAAAUUAGAAUCUUGUACAUCUAAUCAAUAUCAUAUUUUAGAACCUAACAGUGUGUUUGGUGUCUACCGAUGAUAUAUUCAGGUUAUAGAUAGAGAAAUAAGUGCUCUAUGUUAGAGUGCGACCCCUUCACUUUUCGUAAUAAAGACCUAAUUCUCACUAAAUUUCUUGUCUUUCAUCUGAUACUCUGUUAUAUAUAUGAAUUACCAGCAGCAUGAUUUAUUUCUGCUCUUGUUUCAA